AUGGGUCGGCGGUGGGCCUGGAGGACGCAGCCUCAGCCUGCGGCGCAUCUGCGCAAGGUGGAGGCGCGUUCCCAGACGGGCAAGGCCACCAAGUGUCAAGGGCCAGGGGGCGGUCCUCGCACCCCACCCCGCCUGCAGCUGCAGGGAGCCCCGGGCGCCCCGGCCCGCCCGGAGCCCUGCAGUUUCCGGGAGCGCACGGUCGGCUCCUCGCCCCUCCCGAGCCACCGCCAGGGUCCCUGGGUCCCUGCCCCAUCGUCCGCCGCCGCCAGGCCACAGAGCCACGAGGGACCGCCCGCCCCGCGCCGCGCUUUAAAAGCCUGCCCCGCGGCACUGGCGACAGGCGUGGAGACCGGCGAGACUGAGCCCGGGCCGGCGCCCCAACGGCUGGCCGGAGCAGCCUCAUGGCGGGUAAGUGCCCUCGCCUCCCCUCUCGCGCCCCCAGCGAGGCGCCCCGGCCCCUCGGCCACCGGUUGCAGCACUUUCCUCGCCCCGUCGUCCCCGCUGGGACGUCGCCCCUGCCCGCCCGGCCUCGGGCUCCUGGCGCGCUGCGGGGAUGCAGUGAGGCCCGCUCCUCGCAGACAGUUGCGGGUCAGGAGAUGUGGGGGGCUCGCCUUCUCCCCACCCCACGGGAUCCAGACCCCAGAGCCCGGGAAGCCCCGCGCCCGCACGGACCCGGAGGAGGCACCUUCCCUGCCUGGCCUGGGCACCGGCGCGUGGGACGGAGCGUCGGAACGCUCUUGGCGGGCGCCGAGUGGAGCCUCCCAGGUCCCCGCAAAUGUGGAGGUGCAGGUGCCGGCAGCAGACGAGGAGGUGGCCUUGGUAGUUGGAGGCAUUGUUGGGGGGCUGCUGCUGCUGCUGAUCGGGGUGAGCUGCUGGCUCUGGAAGAGGCUUUGUACCGUGUUCACCUACGAAGAACUGCCGGGGACCACGGCUGUCUCCAGCGUACAGAGGGACAAGCUCUGCCUGCCGCGUGCCAAGACCCAGACAAGCAGGCCACCGGGUACACCAUUUGUGGUGCCCCCUUCCCUCCAAGGCCGAGAUUGGGUUCCCCUGCACAGCAGAGAGGGGGCCCAGGCCCCACAGCACCCCUGCCCAGCCCCAGAGCUCCUGCCCCACACCACCAGCAACAACCUUGGAGACGCGAGCGUGGUGGGGACCAUCAACCCAGAGCUGUACAAGUUCCCCGAGGACGAGAGUGAGACCGACUUCCCUGAGGGCUGCCUGGGGCGGCUGUGGUUCUCCGUGGAAUACCAGCAGGAGGCCGAGCGGCUGCUGGUGGGCCUGAUCAAGGCGCAGGGGCUGCGAGCCACCUCAGAGACCUGCAGCCCCCUGGUGAAGCUCCACCUGCUGCCCGACGAGCGGCGCUUCCUCCAGUCCAAGACCAAACGCAAAACUGCCAACCCGCAGUUCGACGAGCACUUCAUCUUCCAGGUGUCCGGCAGGAGCGUCAGCCAGAGGGUGCUGAGGUUCUCAGUGUACCACGUGGACAGGCAGAGGAAGCACCAGCUCCUGGGCCAAGUGCUCUUCCCCCUGAAGAAUGAAACCCUGCUGGGCAACUGCCGGCGCAUCUUCUGGAGAGACCUGGAGGCCGAGAGCCUGGAGCCUCCCUCGGAGUUUGGCGACCUCCAGUUCUGCCUCACCUACAACGACUGCCUGAACCGCCUCACUGUGGUCGUGCUGCGAGCCAGGGGCCUCCGGCUGCAGGAGGAUGCGAGUUUUGUCAGUGUAUUUGUCAAAGUGUCUCUGAUGAAUCACAACAAGUUUGUCAAGUGUAAGAAGACUUCGGCUGUGCUGGGCUCCGCCAACCCUGUGUAUAGUGAGACCUUCAGCUUCAAGGCCGACCCCACCGAGCUGGACACAGCCAGCCUCAGCCUGACAGUGCUGCAGAGCGCCCAAGGGGACAAGAGCCACGAGCUGGGCCGGGUGGUGGUGGGCCCCUACAUGUACACCCGCGGCAAGGAGCUGGAGCACUGGGACGAGAUGCUCGGCAAGCCCAAGGAGCUGGUGAAGCGCUGGCACGCACUCUGCCGCACCACCGAGCCCUGA